GGCCCCUCCGCGGCGGCUUCAGCCUGCAGAGCUCAGCUGAUCAGCCCCUGCCACACCGGGAGGUGAGGCGGUCCCGCGCUGUCCAGGCGUGCAGGGUGACUUGCAUCGCGAACCCUGUGCCUCGGGAGCCUCAGCCUCGUGGGGUGUGAACUAAGAGCUUCAAUAAUGGAGUUAGCUCACAGCUUAUUGCUAAAUGAAGAAGCAUUGGCUCAAAUCACUGAAGCAAAGAGACCAGUAUUUAUUUUUGAAUGGUUAAGAUUUCUUGAUAAAGUUCUAGUCGCUGCCAACAAGACAGAUGUAAAGGAAAAACAGAAAAAACUUGUUGAGCAAUUAACUGGAUUAAUAAGCAGCUCACCUGGACCACCCACUCGAAAAUUGUUAGCUAAAAACCUUGCAGCCCUGUACAGCAUUGGUGAUACUUACACAGUUUUUCAAACACUAGAUAAGUGUAACGACAUCAUCAGAAGUAAGGAUGACACUGCAGCCUACUUACCAACAAAACUGGCAGCAGUGGCUUGUGUUGGAGCAUUUUAUGAGAAGAUGGGAAGGAUGUUGGGCAGUGCAUUUCCAGAAACAGUGAACAAUUUGUUGAAAUCUCUGAAAAGUGCAGAGUCUCAAGGGCGAAGUGAGAUCUUAAUGAGUCUGCAGAAGGUGCUGACUGGAUUGGGGGGUGCAGCAGCUUCCUGUCACCGUGACAUUUACAAGAAUGCUCGAUCCCUCCUAACUGACAGGUCGAUGGCUGUCCGAUGCGCAGUGGCCAAGUGUCUUCUGGAACUACAGAAUGAAGCUGUGUUCAUGUGGACUGCUGAACUAGAAAAUAUAGCUACCCUUUGCUUUAAGGCCCUAGAAAACUCAAAUUAUGGGGUACGGGUCGCAGUCUCUAAACUCCUAGGAACAGUCAUGGCUACAGCAUUGAUGCCAAAACAGGCAACAGUCAUGCGUCAGAACGUGAAGCGAGCAACGUUUGAUGAGGUUUUAGAACUCAUGGCCACAGGAUUUCUGCGUGGAGGGUCAGGUUUCCUAAAGAGUGGUGGAGAAAUGUUGAAAGUUGGAGGCUCUGUUAAUCGUGAAGUGAGAGUUGGAGUGACACAGGCAUAUGUGGUCUUUGUGACAGCAUUAGGUGGUCAGUGGCUGGAGCGUAGCUUUGCAACGUUUUUGUCGCAUGUGCUUGAUCUGGUUUCCCAUCCUCGAGCAACACAGACACAUGUGGAUGCCGUGUACUCAAGGCGCUGUGUCUCCUUCAUCCUGAGAGCCACCGUGGGCAGUCUGUUGGGGGAGAAAGCCCAGAUAGCAGCUGCCAAGGAAAUCUGCCAGGCUAUCGGGAAACAGAUGAAAGCAGUGGAAGCUGUGGUGAAUGAUACAAGUAGUGAGAACAAGUCUGGAGCCGCAGACAUUGCAGCAAGCCAGCACGUCAUGGUCUGUGCCCUCCAGGAGCUUGGGAGCCUGGUGCAGAGCCUGAAUGCCACUGCCUCUCCUCUUAUUCAAGAAGCAUCCAUAGGACUUUUGGAGAUUGUGACAUCCGUGCUUCUUCACCCAAGCAUGGCUGCUCGGCUUGCUGCUGCAUGGUGUCUACGCUGUGUGGCUGUGGCAUUGCCCUUCCAGGUGACACCAUUUCUAGAUAGAUGUGCAGAACGGCUCAACAACCUCAAGACUUCACCAGAAGCUGUUAGUGGAUACAGUUUUGCAAUGGCUGCUUUGUUGGGUGGAGUGCAUCAGUGUCCUUUGGGCAUUCCUCAUGCCAAAGGAAAGAUGGUAGUCAGUAUUGCUGAGGACCUGUUACGGACUGCUGCCCAAAACAGCAGGCUGUCUCUACAGCGUACCCAAGCUGGCUGGCUUCUGCUUGGAGCACUCAUGACUUUAGGACCCUCUGUUGUUCGUUACCACCUACCCAAGAUGUUGCUGUUGUGGCGAAACGUUUUCCCCCGUUCCUUAAAGGAACUGGAGGCUGAGAAAGCACGGGGAGACUCUUUUACCUGGCAGGUGACGCUGGAAGGCCGUGCUGGAGCUUUAUGUGCCAUGAGAAGUUUUGUUGCACAUUGUCCUGAGCUCUUAACUGAGGAUGCAAUUAGGAAAUUAAUGACUCCUAUUGAAUGUGCCAUGACCAUGAUGUCACACAUUCCGUCUGUAAUUAAGGCCCAUGGAGCCCACCUGAAAGCUAGUGCCGCAAUGGUCCGAUUAAGACUUUAUGAUAUCUUGGCUUUAUUACCUCCAAAAACUUACGAAGGAUCCUUCAAUGCUCUUCUCAGAGAACUGGUAGCAGAAUUCACUCUGACUGACAACUCAGCCAACACAACCACCUCCCUCCUUCGGUCCCUCUGCCAUUAUGAUGACAGUGUUCUUCUGGGUUCCUGGCUUCAAGAAACUGAUCAUAAGUCAAUCGAAGACCAGCUCCAGCCGAACAGUGCAUCUGGAAGUGGGGCUCUGGAACACGAUCCUUCCUCCAUUUACUUACGGAUCCCUGCUGGUGAAGCCGUACCUGGCCCUCUCCCUCUUGGAGUCUCGGUGAUCGAUGCUUCCGUGGCUCUUUUUGGUGUUGUGUUUCCACAUGUUUCUUAUAAACACAGGUUACAAAUGCUGGAUCACUUUGCUGAAUGUGUUAAGCAAGCCAAGGGUGUCCGCCAGCAGGCUGUGCAGCUGAAUAUAUUUACUGCCGUUCUUAGUGCCCUGAAGGGUUUAGCUGAAAACAAGAGUACCUUAGGACCUGAGGAAGUUCGUAAAUCUGCUCUGACACUGGUUAUGGGAGCUCUUGACAACCCAAACCCCAUCUUACGGUGUGCAGCAGGGGAAGCCCUUGGAAGAAUGGCUCAGGUGGUGGGAGAGGCAUCUUUUAUUGCUCGGAUGGCCCAGUACAGCUUCGACAAGCUGAAGUCGGCUCGAGACGUUGUAUCCAGAACUGGUCAUUCACUGGCCCUUGGUUGUUUGCAUCGUUAUGUUGGUGGCAUAGGAUCGGGACAACACCUAAAGACCAGUGUCAGCAUCUUAUUGGCUCUCGCUCAAGAUGGGACAUCCCCUGAAGUUCAGACUUGGUCUCUUCAUUCACUUGCCUUGAUAGUAGAUUCUAGUGGCCCAAUGUACCGUGGAUAUGUGGAGCCCACAUUGUCUCUAGUUCUCACCUUGCUAUUGACAGUUCCACCUUCACACACAGAAGUCCAUCAGUGUCUGGGCCGGUGUUUGGGUGCUAUAAUAACUACGGUUGGACCAGAACUGCAAGGAAAUGCAGCGACCAUUUCCACCAUCCGCUCCUCCUGUUUGGUGGGCUGUGCGAUCACCCAGGACCAUUCUGACUCUCUAGUUCAGGCAGCUGCCAUCUCUUGCCUUCAGCAGCUUCACAUGUUUGCACCACGACACGUCAAUCUGUCUAGCCUUGUUCCUAGCCUUUGUGUUCAUCUGUGCAGCUCCCACCUGUUACUUCGACGAGCAGCUGUGGCCUGUCUCCGGCAGCUUGCACAGAGAGAAGCAGCAGAAGUGUGUGAAUAUGCCAUGAGCCUGGCGAAGAAUGCAGGGGACAAAGAGAGUGGUGGUGCCAAUGUCAGUCCUUUCUUGCCUGGAGUUAGUCAUCGAGGUGAUAUCCAUUGCCGGCACCAGGGUGUUAAUAUAACAGACACGGGGCUUGAGGGCCUUCUGUUUGGAAUGCUAGAUCGAGAGACAGACCGAAAACUGUGUUCUGAUAUUCAUGACACACUGGGACACAUGCUCUCUUCAUUGGCAGUGGAAAAGCUCUCCCACUGGCUAAUGCUUUGUAAAGACGUCUUGGCAGCUUCUAGUGACAUGAGUACAGCAACACUCUUAAGCAGUGGGAAAGAUGAAGAAUCUGAAAAGAAAGAUGAGAUGGAUGACGAUACCAUGUUUACUACACUCGGCGAGGAAGACAAAUCGAAGCCUUUUGUGGCUCCUCGCUGGGCCACUCGGGUAUUUGCUGCGGAUUGCUUGUGUCGCAUUAUUAAUCUGUGUGAGAAUUCAGACCAGGCUCACUUCGACCUUGCCAUGGCGCGUUCUGCUAAACUACGGAACCCUAAAAAUGACCUCUUAGUACUGCAUCUCUCUGACCUGAUUCGCAUGGCAUUCAUGGCUGCAACUGAUCAUAGCAACCAACUGCGAAUGGCCGGGCUCCAGGCACUUGAAGACAUUAUCAAGAAAUUUGCAUCUGUGCCUGAGCCAGAAUUCCCAGGUCAUGUGAUCCUGGAGCAGUAUCAAGCUAAUGUGGGAGCUGCCCUAAGACCAGCCUUCUCACAAGACACACCGUCAGAUAUAAUAGCAAAAGCUUGCCAGGUGUGCAGCACGUGGAUUGGAAGUGGCGUUGUCAGCGAUCUCAAUGAUCUCCGUCGGGUACAUAAUCUGCUCGUUUCCUCUCUGGACAAAGUUCAGGCUGGAAAGGGAUCUUCCAGCCAACUGUAUCGAGAGAGUGCCACCACCAUGGAGAAGCUGGCGGUCCUCAAGGCGUGGGCAGAGGUCUAUGUGGUUGCUAUGAAUAUUAAAAAAGAAGCAGAGUCAAAGCCAAAGAGAGCGAUGAGAACUCCCGAUGAUGAUGAUGAUGACUAUGGCACCAUAGAUGAACUACCUCCAGAUAGCUUAAUAACCCUGGUGCAGCCUGAGCUGCCGACGCUCAGCCGCCUGUGGCUGGCAGCCCUGAAAGACUACGCACUUUUGACUUUACCUGCUGAAUUCUCUAGUCAGCUUCCCCCAGACGGUGGAGCAUUUUAUACUCCCGAGACCAUCGAUACAGCAAGACUUCACUACCGGAACUCCUGGGCCCCCAUUCUCCAUGCAGUGGCACUUUGGUUAAACAGCACAGGAUUUACGUGUCCAGAGUCCACAGAAGCAGCAGCGGUGUCUGGCACACAAAAACGCUCCCUGGCUGUUGGUUUAAACCAGGUACCAGGAGCAAUGGCUAGUGCUAAACCCUUGCCAGAAGUCAACAAAGGCAGAAUGCACCUGAUCCUAGGUGUGAGUAUACAGUUUCUUUGUUCUCCUCGACCUGAGGAGCCCAUUGAACAUGUUACAGCAUGCCUGCAGGCCUUACACACCUUACUGGGGUCUCCUUAUGCACGAAUCCACAUUGCAGAAGAUCAGCUGAUUGGUGUUGAGCUGCUAAGUGUCCUGCACCGCCUGCUGCUGACCUGGAACCCACCCUCCAUCCAGCUGCUGGUCACUGGGGUUGUGCAGCAGAUUGUCGGGGCUGCUCAGGAUCAUUUACAGGAAAAGAGAAACACCAUAAAUGAAGAGGAUAUGGAAAAAGAGUCCUGUCCUACAUUAGGAGAAGGAGGUGACAGCGGUGGCCUCAUUCCUGGAAAGUCUCUUGUGUUUUCAACCAUGGAGCUCUUGAUGUUCAUCUUAGUGCGUCAUAUGCCACACCUGUCUACUAAGAUGUCGGACUCUCCAAGUCACGGUACCACGAAAACUCGCCUGUCAGAAGAAAGUGCUCGUUUGGUGGCAGCCACGGUGGCCAUUCUGUCUGAUUUGCCGUCCCUUUGCUCACCAGCUGGCUGUAUGACAAUCCUGCCCACAAUUCUGUUCUUAAUUGCAAGAAUAUUGAAAGAUACAGCAAUAAAGUCUGCAGACAAUCAGGUUCCUCCUCCCGUCAGUGCAGCUCUGCAGGGGAUAAAAAGCAUCGUGACACUUUCGAUGGCCAAAACCAAGGAAACUCAGAAACAGUGGACAUCUCUAAUCCGGAGCACGCUGGCCUGCAUCCUGGAGUAUUCACAGCCAGAUGAUUCCAUGCCUGCGCCUGAUGAAGUGAGCACACUCACGGCCAUUGCGCUCUUCCUGUGGUCUGCCAGCAGUGAAAUAAUAGGAGUGCAGUCCCUACAGAAUGGCUGCAUGAACAGAUUUAAAAGUGCUCUGAAUUCAUGUGACCCAUGGGUUCAAGCCAAAUGCUACCAGCUUCUCCUCUCCGUCUUUCAGCAUGCCAAUCGCGCCCUUUCAACUCCUUACAUCCACUCAUUAGCUCCACUCGUGGUUGAAAAGCUAAAGGCUGUCGAAAGAAACAGACCAGCCAGCAGUACAGAACUUCUGGCUGUCCAGGAAGGAAUCAAAGUUCUUGAAACAUUGGUUGCUCUUGGAGAAGACCAGAACAGAGUCCAGUUACUGGCUCUUUUAGUGCCCACUUUGAUCUCCUACCUGCUGGAUGAAAAUUCUUUUGCCUCAGCAAGUUCUGUCUCCAAAGAUCUUCAUGAGUUUGCACUCCAGAACUUAAUGCACAUUGGACCUCUGUACCCACACGCUUUCAAGACAGUAAUGGGGGCUGCUCCCGAACUGAAAGUGCGCCUAGAAACGGCUGUGCGAGCAAGCCAAGCCAGCCAAGCCAAAGCGGCUGCCCGGCAGCCGGCCCCUGCCACACACUCUGCACCAACAAUUAAGCUUAAGACAAGCUUCUUUUAGUGUGUUCUUCCAUUCACCUUUUUGUAUGUAUAUUUUGUGUAGUUAGUGACAAGCCCUGCAUCAUUUCAGACUAUGGAUUGUUUUAUUUGUAUAUUGGGAUUAUAAUGCUUUGAAAUUGAUUAAAUGAAAUAGUGUUCACACCUCUUACUGAUUGAUGAUCAUGUGGUAAAUAUAUUUCCAUUUUUGUCCUGAUGGUAUCUUUCUUUGGUUGGCUUUUUUGUUGUUACUGUUUGGGGGUUUUGGUUUUUGGUUUUGUUACUGGUGAUUGGACCCAGAGCCUUGCCCUUUCUAAGCAUGCACUGUGCUGUGACAUAUACCCAUAGACCCUAAUUAACUUAUUUUUGUAAACACCAAGCCAUAGUCUUUUAAAUGUAAAUGCUAAAAACAUAAUUAUAUCAUGUAGUUGGGCAGCCUUUGGCUCUUAUCAGGAAAAUAAAGUAAGUCAGACUUUUGUCAUGAAAAGUUAAUUGAGAAGCAAACUGGUUGUAAAAUUUCAUUUAACUCAAAAAAAGAGAAAAGAAAUCUUUGUUUUACAGCAGAUAUAGUAUGAAUAAAAUCACAUUUUCUAACCAUUUCAUCAAAUAAUCCUUAUCUUUCUGAUGGGCCGUUGCUUUCACAUUAAACGUCUAAACUAUGCUUUGUGUAUCUCUGUUGUUAACUGAAUUGAAAUUCUCAUCUGAAGAUUGACUAAAGUGUUUUGAAUACGC